UUUUUAUAUAUGCGUGGAUACCUAGGAGUAACAUAGCAUUAUUUCGAUUCCAACCUCUGAACAAUUUAAACCGAACACUGCAAGAAUUCCAUAAUGACAACUAUGAUAGAACCAAGUUCAAAUACAGUGGCAGGCACCCUAACGCAUACAAUUCAACAGACAGAUUGUACAGUGUCAGAGCCAAGGAUAGUAUCUUCAUUGACUAAUAGUUUAUCGAGGUAUCCUGCUGGGUUUCAUGUGCUCACGAAGGCUCUGCAAGAUGGAUCAACAGCUGUAGUAUAUGCCGGUUACAACCCACAGACGAAUCAAAGAGUGGCAGUGAAACAGCUCAGCAUAGCGGGCCACACUGCGGAAACGCUAGCAACGGCAAUGAGAAGGGAAAUAACAGCUCAUUUAAAGCUUGACGGUCACGUAAAUGUUGGCCGCUUUCUUGGGGUCGAGUUGCCGUGUGUAAAUAGUCGACAAACCUCGGGCAUAAGUAACCCCGCUCUUAUAUUUGAACUUUACGAGCAUGGAGAUCUUCUAGAACACAUACCAGUGCAUAGAGGCUUGCACGAGUCUACAGCUGUGAUUGCUAUAAGCGGCGUAUGUGAAGCGCUGGUUCACAUGCAUAAUAAGGGCAUAGUCCACCGUGACAUCAAGUCCGAGAAUGUAUGUGUUGGUAAUGAUGGGUUCGUAAAAGUAAUUGAUUUUGGCUCAUGCCUCUUUUUGGAUAACGAGGAAAGAAUACACGUCAUGACCGAAGAUGAUUUCAUGGUAGGUUCAAUACCAUACUUGGCUCCGGAAUUUUACACAAUGGCACGACAAAGCAAAUGCAAUCUGAUGGCCGUGGAUGCGUGGGCUUUAGGGAUAUUUAUAUAUUCUGUAUUGACUGGUGCUUUUCCUUUUACCGAGGCGAACUCCAACUGCGAUGAGUUUCUUCGCUAUACCAAAUGUUCCGUAGCAGAUAGUGAAUUUGCCAGUUCUACUGGUUUUGGCGCUGUCAACUACUGGUCCGUACUCUCAACAAGGAUGUCUCAAAUCGUGAGCGGUUUGCUUUGUAUUGAUCCAACGCAGCGAAUGUCAGUGUCGGAAGCUCGGAGUCUUCUGCAGUGAGCUCUUACUUGACGCUCGAAAUAUUAGGAUAGUCGGCUACAUUCUGUGAAUGGCAUGUCUUAUAUCAUAUCAGAAAUAUAUAAACUUGUAUCGAUC